AUGGCAAUGCCCGACCAUGCCACAGAGCUGAUUGAAAGAGAUGAUGCAGAUGUUGAUGAUGAGAAAUACAACAAUGACAUACGAGCAAGGAUAAUUACAAGUUAUGAGGAUAGCAGCCCUAUCCGUCAAACAAGAUGGGAGGAGUGUUUGGUUAACGAAUUCCUUGAAAUAAAAUGGAAGAAUAAAGAAGCGACGUCAGGCUUAUUGCUCUGGCUAAUCGGCUCCUUACCACCUUCUAUUGGAAAUCUUACUCAUCUUACUAGAAUCAACCUAGACAGCAAUAGUUUUCAUGGUGAAAUUCCUCAAGAAAUGGGUCGUCUACGAAGCCUGCAAUAUCUCACCCUGUCUCGAAAUUCUUUCGGCGGGAAGAUUCCAACUAAUAUAUCUCACUGUACACAGCUAAGGGAGCUUGAUGUAACUUUCAAUGAGCUUAUAGGGUCCAUUCCGAACCAGUUAAGUUCAUUGUUGAAUUUAAAUUAUCUAUCCGUUGCAGCUAACAAUCUCACCGGAGCAAUCCCGGGUUGGAUAGGAAACUUUUCUUCUUUGCAUGACCUUUAUAUUGGCCUAAACAAUUUUCAUGGAAGCAUACCAAAUGAGCUCGGGGGUCUAACAGCCUUGCAGAAUAUCUCACUGCCGGGAAAUAAUCUGUCUGGUAAGGUCCCUUCUUCAAUCUAUAACAUUUCUUCAAUAUACCUUUUCAGUGUUGCUGUAAAUCAGCUACAUGAAGAGCUACCACCAAAUCUCGGCAUUAAUCUUCCUAAUCUCGGAGAAUUUUACGGUGGUGCCAACAAAUUCACAGGAACUAUUCCUGCAUCAUUGUCAAAUUCUUCCAAACUCAGGAGGCUUGAUUUUAGUGAAAAUGGUCUCACUGGGACCCCUGCUGAAAAUCUCGGCAGCUUGCAAAGCUUAGUUUGGAUGACCUUUGGUAGAAAUUGGCUGACAAGUGAGAGUGGCAACUUGAAUUUUCUCAGCUUCCUGGCUAAUUGUACUAGCCUAGAGGUCUUGGGUCUUCACACUAAUCUAUUCCAAGGAGAGUUGCCAAGACCUAUAACCAACCUUUCUAGCCAACUAAAUUAUCUUUAUUUGGGCAGAAAUUUGAUACACGGAAGAAUACCUGAUGACAUCGGAAAACUCGAAAACUUGAGUCUUUUUGGGGUGGAACAGAACAAUUUGAGUGGUACAAUCCCUAAAGGAAUUGGAAAGCUUCAAAAGUUAGAGGAACUGAAUUUGAAUAGUAAUAAAUUUUCUGGACCGAUACCUUCUUCCCUGGGUAACUUGACUUCAUUGACAAAGCUCUUCAUGUUCAACAACAGGCACCAUACCCAGAGGGCUUGUCGGCAUUUCAUCCGUUUCACUUUAUUUGGGACUGUUUAA